AAAUAAAGAAAAAUCUUCAAAAAUGUAUUAAACUAUAAAAAACGAAACUUUGGAAAAAAGUAAAUUAAUUGUCUCAACAAAAAUAUCUGUGUAAAACUAGUGUCUUAAACAAAAAUUAAUACAUAAUUGUUUGAAAUUAUUAAAAACGUUACAAAUUGAGCUUUGUUUUCGAACACAUCUAUAAAAAAAUCUAAUGAUUGCAAACCAGCUUAUAUUAAAAGCGAAGCCGUUUAUCAAUAACUGCAAGAAAAACGUUAAGGAUUAUGAGACCGCAUACAGGACAACAACAGCAGCAGUCGCAUCAUCAGCAACAAUACUGUGCAGUGGAUAAUUGUUUGAAACAACAACAGCAGCAACAACAUUUUCUGAAAAACCAUCAAAGCCUACAACAACAGCAUACUGCAACACAUUUGCAACAACAGCAAAAGUAUCAUCAGCAUCAACUACAACAACAUUCACUCAAUCAUGCAUUACAACAACAGCAACCACCACCCCCACCGCCUCAUAUGUGGAAUCCCCAUCUUAAUGCAGCGUGCUAUACCUCCCAAUCUCCCUCUGCAAAUACAAAUGGUGUAAAUUCUACAACAAAUCCCAACCAUAUAAAUUUACAGAAUUGUCGACCCUUUCCCUCGAAUCGAGUCUAUCCACAUCACACCCAGACUCCUCACUAUCCUCCUUCUAAUGGCUUUCCACAUGCCUUGCCCACAAACAAUCCACAGGCUACUGAACGUAUACCUUUAACUGCUCCCAAUUAUGCUAAGUUGCCUCCACUGUCGGUGGUAAAUCAGCAAAGGAUUAAUGAAUGUGCUGGCAUUCCUUUAAUAUCCACAGCAACGGCUCAUUUAACGCCUGGUCAAAGGCAAAGGAUAUCAAGAAAACAGUCCCAUUCUCCGCCGGGAAAAAAUUGGACCAAUAUGUUGCCAGGCAAUACAGCUCAGAAUUAUGCUGCAGCUGCCCAAUAUGCAGCAGCUCAUGUCCAGGGUGCUCCAUUAAUGUUGAACAAACCACAGCAACAAAAGCCAGAAUAUUGGUCUUCCAAUACUUAUACCUCUUCGAAUAACCAGCAGCCUCAGUUUGGUUCGAAGACAAUGCAGUAUAACAAUAAACAGCAAGAUAGAACUCGAACUCCUUUGCGCUAUCAAAAUUCAGCUCCAGCGGCUUUGUCUUCAUCAAAGUCAAAGGAAAACCUGGAUCAGCAAUUAAAACACUCGAAAGACAACGAAAACUCAUCCUCCAAUAAUGGCGAUUCUUCCAACAGCAAUGAAACCUGUUUGCCACGCAUUAUAAAGCCGCGUAAAAGGAGAAAGAAGGACCGUAAGCCGCCGAAUAAUUUGGUCAAUGCGGUCUAUUUAAAAAUAGACAAUAAGUCUCUACAGGAUAAAUCUUCUAACAUACAUAACAACACAAUAAAAACCUACAAAUCGUCUGAGGACUUGUUAAAAUGUUUACAGAAAUUUACACAAAUAACCAAUUCAAAUGAGCAACCUCAAAGAUGCAAUAGCUAUUCUAAUAAAACUGGUCUGAACUAUGACUUGUUAGCUCAAAAUAAAAAGGAGCUACAGCAAAAGUUAUCACUGUGUACGAGUGGCAGUGAUAUUAAUCAUGGUAUAUGUUUCUGUAAUGAAUGCGAUCCUUUAAGAUCAAUAUGGGAUUAUCCGCUAAGGAGAUCGCUCUCAGAUUCAUCAACUUCGGAUACAAGUGGUACUGGUUCUUUAAGUGACAAUACCACAACAUCAUCUAAUGAUUCCGAGGAAACAAAUUGGCCUAAAACCAGAGCUGAAAUUGUGGGAGUUAUAGGUUCAAAACGUAAUAAAGAUCAGCAAAAUUCAUCAAAUAAUUCCAACCAUUUAAUGAACAAAGCUGACAACACACAGGAUAAGAAGAUAUUUAAUAAUAAUAUAUUAAGUGGCAUAAAUUUGUCCAGUGAACUAUUUAAAAACCCUAACUCUGAUGCCUUUGCCAAUUUGGAUCACGCUUUUACAUCAGCGAAUGAUAAUAUGCUACUAUUACCCGAAACUGCUGAAACUUUACUAACGAAGUCCAUUAAUGAAAUCUCCAAGAAACUCAUAGAGACUUGCUCUAAUGAAUCAGGCGACUUACCUUUGUCUUCCUGCAAUUCUUUGUCUUCAUUUUCAACCACCUCUUCAAAUUCCUCUUCAGCCAAUUCCACAUGUGCUGAUUUCUCUAACGAUAGUGGUAUUGAAAGUGCACACAUAAAUGCAGGCGAUGAUUUAGUUUUUAAUUUUGAUAAUUUGCAUAUAACUACAACAAAGUUGUCGUUGUCACCAUCAUCUUUAUCAGCAGCAUCAUCAACAUCGUCAUCAUCAUCGUCAACUUCUUCCUGUGGCAAUAUAUCAAUGUCUUCCUCGCCUACGGUUAAAUUUGCAUCAAAUUUUCUAACAACACAAACAUCAUCAGCUUCAGCUACGGCAACAGCUGCAUCAGUUACAGUCUCAACAAUGCAACAAACUCCUUUAACACCCAGUAAUGUUGUUUUGGGCACAACAAUAAAGGCAGCACCCACUUUGGAUUUUCUCGUUGAUUUAAAUAAUAAUCAUUUACAUGUUGCAGUACCAAAACCCAUGAUUGUUGCUGAAAACAAACAACUGCAACAACAGCAACUACUUAAGCAACAGUUCAAUGAUCUGGUACAAAAGCAUCAACCUCCACAUCAACAGCUAACAACGACAUCGAUGCCAACUCCGACACCGACACACCGACAUGAUCAACAAUUUUUCAAUAAUUGUUUCGAUUUGAUGUGGCAACAGCAUGAAAGACAAUUGGGAAACAACAACAUCGUCAACACUACUACAUCUACUUCUACUGCCACCACCUCCACCACCAACAACAAUAGCAAUCAUAUUGAUCAAUUAACUUCAUCUGCUUUAACAUCAAAUAAUGUUGCAAUGUCAUCGUUUUUAGAUUCAGUGGGAUCUUUAAAGACUGUAUUUUCCACAAUAUCUUAAGAUGUUUGUAAAGCUAGAGAAAAGAAGAAAAAAAGGUAUUGAAGGAGUUUUUGUAAUCAGAGUGAAAAGA